UGAACUGGCAGGAUCACACACUGCAGCCAUGAGGUCGCUGGUCUUUGUUCUUCUCAUUGGAGCUGCUUAUGCCACGGAGGACGACAAGAUCGUCGGUGGGUACGAGUGCCAGCCCCACUCCCAGCCCCACCAGGUGUCUUUGAAUUCUGGGUUCCACUUCUGCGGUGGCUCCCUGGUCAGUGAGAACUGGGUUGUGUCUGCUGCUCACUGCUACAUGUCUCAUAUUCAAGUGCGUAUGGGAGAGCACCACAUCGGAGUCACCGAAGGUAGCGAGCAGUUCAUUAGUGCUUCCCAUAUCAUCCAACACCCCUCCUUCAACCGCAACACCCUUGAGAAUGACAUCAUGCUGCUCAAACUGAGCAAGCCCGCCACCCUCAACAAGUAUGUGCAGCCUGUGGCUCUGCCCACCAGCUGUGCCCCCGCUGGCACCAUGUGCAAAGUCUCUGGCUGGGGCAACACCAUGAGCUCCACUGAUGACAGCAACAGGCUGCAGUGUGUGGACGUCCCCAUCCUGUCUGACAAGGACUGUAACAGUUCCUACCCCGGUAUGAUCGACAACAGCAUGUUCUGUGCCGGAUACCUGGAGGGAGGCAAGGACUCCUGCCAGGGUGACUCUGGUGGUCCCGUUGUGUGUAACGGUGAGCUGCAGGGGGUUGUGUCUUGGGGCUACGGAUGUGCUGAGAAGAACCACCCUGGUGUCUACUCCAAGGUCUGUGUGCAGACUGAGUGGCUGCACAGCACAAUGGCCAGCUAUUAA